AUGGCAGGAGGCUACCCACUGAGGGAUGGAAGCGCAGACGGUUCGCUGCUAGUGAGUCGAGCGCACGACCACCACACCGCACCAGUAACCAUGCACCACGACCCAGAGUCACCCACAUGCCGCGAGGAAACACAAUUACUUACAGAUGAGUGGCUUAAAGUAAAGUCUGUGGCGGGAAAUGGAAAUCUUUCCCCUGGUGUCUACUACCCGACAACAGGCAGCAAGAGGUUCGUCGACGCAAGUCACCCUGUGCCGUCUCAAACAGAUUCACACCCGAGCAGAUCUCAUAGACAUGGCGUAACGAGACGGGCGAGACGACGAGCCGUUCUUAAAAAUGGAGAGUGCAAUAUACUCAAAUCCCGGAUCUCUCAGCGGCGGUUGAGAUUCCUGCAGGAUAUGUUCACGACUCUCGUGGACGCACAAUGGCGAUGGACAUUGCUAGUUUUCACACUCUCGUUUAUUUUGUCUUGGCUUGGAUUCGCUCUCAUCUGGUGGCUGAUUUCAUUUACACAUGGUGACUUAGAGCCUGACCACCUACCGCCUAUGCAGGAAACUUCAAAUUGGAAGCCGUGUAUCUUUAAUAUUCACGACUUCACCUCGUGCUUCCUGUUCAGUAUCGAAACCCAACACACUAUUGGUUACGGUUCACGAACAACAACAGAAGAAUGUCCAGAAGCAAUAUUUAUUAUGUGUCUGCAGAGUAUUGUUGGUGUAAUGAUUCAAGCCUUUAUGGUGGGCAUUGUAUUCGCUAAGAUGACAAGACCAAAACACAGAACACAAACACUUCUAUUUUCUAAGUUCUGCGUUGUAUGUCAAAGAGACGGCGAACUAAGUUUGAUGUUCAGAGUGGGCGACUUGAGGAAAUCACACAUUAUAGGAGCUAGCGUGAGAGCUCAACUGAUAAGAUCUAGAACGACUAAGGAAGGAGAGGUAUUGUCACAUUACCAAACUGAACUGGAGCUAAAUGCUGAUGGAUGUGACAGCAACUUGUUUUUCAUUUGGCCGAUAACGAUGGUACACAAGAUAAACGCUGACAGUCCGUUCUACGCGGUUUCCGCCGCUGAUGUAUUGCAGGAGAGGUUCGAGAUAGUGGUUAUUUUAGAAGGAACGAUAGAAUCUACUGGACAGACGACACAGGCUCGUUCGAGUUAUACGACAAGUGAAAUAAUGUGGGGACAUAGGUUUGUCCCGCUGGUGACGUAUAAUCGUGAACGGCAGGGAUACGAGGUAGAUUACUCGAAGUUUGACGAGACAUCGCAGGUGGACACUCCUCUAUGUUCAGCCAAGGAGCUGGAUGAGUUCUACGGCAGUCAGGGUGAUCAUAGAUCGAUCGAGAGCGGGGAACAACACCUGAUGCUGAAGAUGCCAACCCAUGGUCAUGAUCAACAGGAGCCCAAAGCCGAGCAAAAGGACGGUUACAUGGCUGUCAGCGCAUCUAUGUCACCUGAAUUAACGAUGAGAGAUUCCUUAUCUUCUGAAGUCAGGCCAGCCUUGCGUCUUAAUCGUAAUACUGAUCUUUCGAACAUAGCCGAUCGGCUUGUAGCAGAUGCCCUAAAACGAGUUAGCUCGACACGUCGAGGUUCAGUAAUUCCUAAGUACCCUUCCAAUUACUUUAGCAGUCCUACUGAAGAAUCGUCAUCCAGCGAAGAAGAAGAGGCGGCUAGGAAAAAAAAAUCGAAGAAGACUGAGAAAGUCUAA